GUUACAACUAGGGCGUGUUUUCUUUUUGUAAUAAUUUUGUUUUCUCUAAGUACUCUAAAGUCGAGCCUCCCUUGUAGCCAAGGUCCAAGGACAUUCUGCUGCUUUCCUAUUAGACUUUGGAAGCAUUUAUAAAAGUUGGCAGCGGCGGCAGAAACUAGUGAAGCAUUUGGUUGAGUUUCUUCACUUUGUGCCCUCAGGCUGGGCCACCGCAGAUACAUCUGAAUAGCACUGGAGAGCCCCGAACGUGAGAUCCAGUGCCAUCGUUUUCAUAACCACUGUAUAUCUAUUGGAGCCUGAAUUGCCUGUCAAAAAUACAAUGUCACCUGUCUGAGUGCAGGGCGAGCCAGGCCAGCAGGGUGACACAAGGAGGAGGGAGGAAAAACAGCAGGAGAUCACCUCAUCGCUCUUGGACAAGCCCCACAGAACUUCAAUAACAAACAAGCUUCUGUUGGAAACUAUUUCAAAGAAGCUUCCUCAGUAUGUGACGCUGUCCUUCUAGCAUUUUGGGGGUUAUUUUCAUCUUUUCAGAUUUGCAAGAAGCAGCAGGAACAUCAAUUGCAUCUGAAGCUCCACCAGCCAGCUCUCAUACAGAAUCGCCUGAGAAUCUGCUGAAAGGAUUCAGAAUGAAUAACUUCAGUAUCUGCAAUGAAUCAUGUGACAACAUUGACUUUAGCUUAGACCAGACCUUUCUCCCGGCGCUGUACGCGCUAAUCUUCUGCAUUGGCCUGCCCACCAACUGCCUGGCCCUCUACGGGCUGUACUGCCUGGUCAGAACUGACAACACCCUUCCAGUCUAUAUCAUCAACCUGCUCUUAUCAGACCUGCUGCACAUCACCAUGCUGCCUCUCUGGAUUGACUACUACAGCCGCGGUCAUGUGUGGCGCUUCGGGGACGCCUUGUGCAGCAGCACUGGGAUCAUCUUUUGGAUCAGCCAAAUCGUCAGCAUUUUCUUCAUGCUCUGUGUUGCUCUGGAGCGUUACAUUGCAGUCUCCCACCCUCUGUGGUUCCGAAGCCAGCGUAGACUCAAGUACACCUGUUUGCUUUGUGGGUUUGCAUGGCUGGUUGCAUUUCUAGGGAUCACCAUAUCCUUCAAAGUUGGGUUUACCAACACUGCAGACGGCUUGUGUUUCGAAAAAUAUCCCUCCAACAAACAAUACUGUGUGUUGCGUUUGGGGACGAUCACAUUGGGUUUUCCACUGCCACUGACUCUCCUAGUUGGCCUUUAUGGUGCGACUUGGAGGAAUAUAAACCAGGCUGUUUCAGUGGCAGACUGCGAAAAGAAAAAGAUAACAAAAUUAUUGCUUCUUUUGGUGGUGAUAUUUGUUCUUGUGUUUGGGCCAUAUCACAUCGUUGGGUAUGUCAGAUAUACUGGGUUGAUGGUUUUAGAGGACUGCUGUGAUUAUGAAGCCAGGAUUUUCAUCUAUUUCCAGAUUGGAAUGGGCUUUCUCAGCCUCAGCAGCCUCCUGGAUCCUUUCUUGUAUAUUUUUGUUUGCAGAGAUGUUAGGAAGGAGAUGCUGGAUUCUUUCCCCUGCUUUCAGAAGCUGGCCAAUGUAACAGAGCGCUGGAAGACAGCAAGAGCAUCAACAACUUAGAGAAAACGUGGGUAACACUUUCCAUGAAGUGUCUCUAAUGAUAUUUACAUAGCAAGUACUUAGUAAACACAUGUGUGAUUACACAUGAU